AUGGACUUCACCUCUCAUAGAAGCAAUAUUCCCUUUUUUGAUGUGUAUUUGGAUAGAUAUAACCAAACUGAGCUUGUUAAUCAGUUUGAGGUGCAAUCAGCACCUAACAUAUUAUGUCCAGAUUCUUUAACGUAUGGUGCAUAUCAUAGAUAUACUAACAGGACCCCAUGUUUUCAGCAAUUCACAAAGGAUAUUGUUUACAUUGUUUCAUCAUAUAUCGGUGUCAAGAAUUCCUAUUUCCUAUCUGGAGAUGAUGAUAUUAGCUCACUAGCAUCAGAUAUAUCUCAACUGAUAAUCAAAAAUUUUUCUAAUUUGUUUCACGUUUUCCCAGAUAAUAUAAAUUUUAUUCAUCCAAACACUGAAUAUGUGAUUAAAUGUUUGAGCAAUGGGUAUUACAAAAAAUUGAAAAAAACGCUAGGGCCUUUAUUGAAAGAUGUCAAUGAAACACAAUCAGCUAGAUCUACUAAAAGAAGAAAGCUGGCAGAGCUCCCAGAUUUCAACCCAUCAAUUGAAUGUCAAUUGGAUGAUUUAAUAAUUCAGCUACAAAAACGAAAGCUUUCACAACAUCAAUCCAUAAAGAAUAUAAAUUAUAUUUCUUACAAACAUUCACAUGGCCAAAAUAUAAACCCUAUGAAAUUGGAUGAUGAGGUAGAUGAUAUUUCAAAGUUACACAACAUUAUCUUAUUCAUAUUUGAAAAACGCUAUAGAAUACAAAAUAUUCAAGUGAAAGAGACAUUUACAAAAGAGUUUCUCAACGGUAGAAACACAUCAAGAUCUUAUUUGAAUGCAAAUGAUAAGAAGGUUUUAGUUGAUGCUACUAAAAACCCACUGGUACUUACAGAUGUAUUAUUUGACAAUGAUGAUAAUUCAGGUGUUCCAAUUAUUAAUGAGCAAAUACAACCUGAUAAUCAACCCCAGCAAUCAUCAGUAGAUUUGAAUUUAGGUAAUGAGGAUUAUUACAUAGAUGAGCCAGGUGCAGGUCAAAAUAAUGAUGAUGAUCCAGUUAUUAAUGGUAUUGAAAGACCCCCAGACUCAGAACCUACUGAUACCCAAUGGAUGGCGCUAAACUACAUUGAGCAAAUUGUGAAUUAUUAUAACGUCAAUUCGCCUUUUACGGUGGAUUUCCUGGCAAAUGCAGAUUCUUACGCUCAAGGAGAGUUCACCCAAGAUGUUGGAAAUAGCUUCAUGAAUACACUAGAUCAUCAUGCAAAAAUUCUAGGGCUAAGUUCAGAACUUACAGCAUCAAGAAUAAAAAGAUUAUAUCCAACUUGGUUUGAUGAAUUAGAUAAUAAAGAUGGUACUAGCCCUUCAUCAUCAGAUUAUGUCAAAGAGAGCAUAAAAGGUUCUAUCCACAAAAACAACAAUGAAUUUUUAAAAUCUUCAAUCAUUAAUCAUGUUGAUAAAGCAGUAUCCUCAUUGCAAAAACUGUCACGACCACUUACAAAAUUCACCAACGCUCAAGAAGAUUUACUCAAAGAUUAUGGAUUACUACAAGUAAUAUCAAUUUGUAAGAAUAAAUGUGGAACAAACUACAAAAAAGAAGCAGAGGAUGGUAAAGAAGGUAUUUGGCUAUGUUCUAUUUGUAUGGAAAGCAAUGAUGUUCGUGAUGCUGAUAGUUAUAACUAUGUUAGUAUUAGAACAAGUAUAGCUGCUUUGUUCAAAAAUAUACACAGUUUUGAAAGAAUCUGUAGUAAUAUUAACAGACAUCAUACUGCUUCUGAUCAAUCGUUAGGUCCUGAAACUCCUCGUUCUUUCUACAACUCAAUGUUUGCUCGAAUGAUGAAAGGUAAAAUGGUGAAGGGAGAAACUUCAGAUGGAGAAACACACCAUAGAAUUAUAGAUGGUAGGAGAGCCAAAUAUUAUGAGAAGGAUGUAUUAAAUCUUAGUCUAGUUCUUUCCCUAGAUGGGAUUGAGCUAGACAAAGCAAACUCAAUAUGGCCAGUGGCUAUAUCGAUCAUAGACAAUGGAGAGCAGUAUUAUCAAAAAGACAAUGAAAUGCAUAGAAGCAUGGCUAUUCCUCUAUUUUCUUUACCUAACAAUUAUCAAAUAGAUGAAUUUUUCAACGUCUUAUAUGAUGAUUUAUGUCAUCUGUCCACAAAUGGCAUGUAUGUCAUGAAUCCCAUCACCAAUACCCCUAUGAAAGUUUUUGCAACUUUAGUCUGCUGCUGUGGCGAUAUGCCCGCACAGGCUAAGUUGACAUCAAGUUCUAAUGCUGUUGGCUUAAGCUUUUGCAGGUUCUGUUCAAAACUGAAAAGAGUCUAUACAUCCAAAGAGUUAAAAAAUGGGAAAACGAAAUAUAAAUUACGUGACAUUAAUGAGGAGUUCAACAACAUAAAUUUAAUGGAUAUUGAAGGUUUAAGUAAUUUAGAAGCUACUAGAGGUAAGGUUAGACCUGGAAAUGGUUCAUUCACUGAUACACACUUCAAUAUGAAGCCUAAGAAUGGAGGAUAUCGACUACUUGCGGAACAGGCAUUAAAAGAGAAUAACAAGUUGUCGUCAUUGUUGGGUUUUAGCAAGAUAAAUAACUUCCACAAAUUUGAACUUGCAAUUCAAGUCCACUCUGGUAUUGUGAUGGAUCCCAUGCACAACGUGCUUGAGGGUCUAGCAUCAAGAAUUGUUUCGGUUAUUACCAAUGAUGAGCUUGUUGAUAAAAAUCUCGCUUUUGAUAAACAGACCAUUGCAAAUAUCAACCAAUUCAUAAUAAAGAAGAAUUAUAAUACAUUUCCAACAUCCUUUGGUGAGAUGAUGAAGUCAUUUGCUGAAAUAAAAAAAGCUGAGAUGUACAUAAGCUUGGUGCUGUUACUAGUACCAAUAAUAUUCGAAGAAUUUCCUGACCAUGGUAUAUCCAAAAAGUUUGUUAGUGUUAUAAACAAAUUCAAGCACAUAAUGGUAUUUUGUUUCAGAUUUAAUAUAACUCAAAAAGAGAAAUCAAAAAUUUAUGAUCUAACCACAAGUUUUAUUACUGAAUAUGAGAAGAUUUUUGACUCCCAUGGAAUGCGUAACAACGUUACUGUGGCACUACACGAAACCCACCAUCUUGCUGCUUUAACUAAUACUUUUGGACCGUUAGCUAUGUAUAAUACUUUCGCUAAUGAGCGCUUAGUUGGCUCAAUUAAAUCCAGUUACCACGGUCGAGCUACGGCGUCCAAAAGUGUUAAUAAGAAAGAGAUAUCUUUAUUCAAUCAUAUGCAGUCGCUCAAAAAUGCAUUAGGAGUUACAGAUUUUAAGGAAAUGUCUGUUAAAGCCAAAACAAAGAUAAUUAAAAAAACAUUACCAGUAAAUUUGUAUCAAACAUUAGACAAUGAACAAUGUGAAGCUUUAAGUGAAAGUAUAUGCUUACAUUAUGAAAAUCAAACUGAAGAUCAAGAAUCAGAUGCAAAUAAUGUUUCAAAAUUAGUUGGUAAAGGGAAUUUAUUUCUAGAUUUACCAGAAAAGGUUGGUGAAGAGCUCAUGGAUAACUUGCUUUCGCUGUUAUUGAUUCCUGAAUUCAAUCAGGAAAGUCAUCCAAUUUUAUCCCAUACAAAUUACAUAUUUCCAAAUAAUACAAAAGAAAGCCUACGAAUCAACAAAUUCAUGGACCAAGAUAAGUUUUUUAUGAGAAAAACAUUUGAGUCAAUUGCUCCAGAAAGACAGAGUUGCUGUUUUAUCUAUACAAAAGAAUUAGUUAAUAAAGAACAAAAAACUUACGUGGGUAUAUGUCAUUUCAUAGUGUCGUGUGGUGCUGAGGUAUAUGGCCUUUUUACUACAUUCAAUAAUCUAAAUCCAUUAGAGGAUAGUGAUAAUCAUUUUGUUUGUUUUAACAUUCCAAAGGGAACAAAUGGUGUAAAAAAAUGGAUAAACAUGGAGGAUUUAGUUUGCUUGACUUGGCCAGUUAUGGGUCCACAAAACACCAGUUUUUUCCUUAAACAAGAGUAUAUUGAUCCCAAACCAAGUACUGUUUGUAUAUUUGAAGGUACAAAAAUGUUCUUUUAG